UCAGAUCAAAGACAAAAAACGAUUGUUAUCCACCCAUUUGCUCUCUCGCGCCCAGAAAUGGCUUCCAUGGCGGCGUCCGCUGCGACAUCCAAAGUGCAACCUCAUCGCUGUCCGAUACUUGUAUCCUCUUCCUCUUCCAUCGGUCAGUUCCAGCAGCAAUCCAUAGAUUUCCCUUCGAAUCACGGAAGAAGCAGUAGAAGAAUCGUCUGCAAGGGAAAGGCUUCCCGCGGAACGGCGAUAUGUGCCGCCGCGAGCUCAAGCGCGCCGUCUUCGUCGGGACUUUACUCCGCCCAAACGUUCGAUCUGACGGCUAAGAACGUCGACUUAGUCUUGGAGGACGUGAGGCCUUACUUGAUCGCUGACGGCGGGAACGUCGACGUCGUCUCCGUCGAAGACGGCGUUAUCUCCCUUCAACUGCAAGGAGCUUGUGGGAGUUGCCCUAGCUCAACGACCACCAUGAAAAUGGGGAUUGAACGAGUUCUGAAGGAAAAAUUUGGGGACGCAGUCAAAGAAAUCCGGCAGGUGGGCAAUGAAGAUAUCAACGGGGCAGCUACUGUGGAGGCUGUGAAUGGCCAUCUUGAGAUUCUAAGACCAGCAAUUAAGAACUAUGGCGGGAGUGUGGACGUGCUAUCGAUCGAGAGCGGCGAGUGUCAGGUUAGAUACACAGGGCCCGAGUCUAUCGGUUCAGGAGUCAAAGCUGCAAUCAAGGAGAAGUUCCCAGAUAUCCAAAAUGUCGUAUUUGUGGAUUAGGUUGCGUAUAUUGUUGCAGAGAUUGAUCGUAGAUCGCCACUGUUGUAACUAGUAAGUCCUCUGAUAUUGUCUACUUGGAUUUAUUCUGAGAAAAAAUUCAAGGGGUUUAUAUUUAUUAUACUCUUGUGGUUUUUGUUGAUUGUGCUUACAUUGUGAGAGACUUCUUGAAUGGACAAAUGUGUAAAGCCUUCUGUUUCUUUACUGCCACUACAAGGCCUGAUAUUUCGCCUCUUCGGUUCCCCUUCAUCAGUGCUGUAUGUGAUGACUGGAACCGUUUGCAGAAGGCUUCAAAGUAUCAUGUAUUACUGCAUUUUGGGUUCUGAUUUUGAGAGAGGAUGAGCCUGGCAUGUAUUGUAGCAAUGCCUAUAUCAACUUUUGUUAACAUGAGUUGCGUCUUAAAGCCAGAAGGACAUCAUGUUAGAACACUAUGUGCAUUAGAGCAAGGAUGUACUCCAAUUUAAACUUGCAAUUCUUGAUGAGGAGAGAACAGGGUGCAGAGUUGCAAACAUCUUGCUCUGAUCCUGAUAUACACAAGACUUGGACUAGACUUUCAGUUAGCAUCGAAAAAUAUGUAGGAUGAUGGCUCCUCUAUAGAGCUAUAACAUUGGUGUUUUCAGGUUUCUGUCACUGCCUCCUUGUUUGGUUCCUGCUUGAAAGGUGUUCCAUUGAAUUUCAGGCCACGACAGCCCAAUAGACAGAAAGCCUUCCUUCUCAACAGCUAGAUCACCCGUCCUCCAGCGGAAGGCUUCGAGAAUCUGCUGUCACUUUCCCCUAGAUGGAUUUGUUUUUGUUGUCAGCAGAGGUCUUAACAACUGAUCUCAACCAGCGGGACAGGCUGACGAGGAACGGUGUGUAAACGAAGUAGCAAGUGACAGUCCAGGUUACUAGUCCCUGCGUCAAUAACGGCAUCACCAUAUCAGGCUUCCAACAACUCUACUAUAUUCUCUUUUGAGGUUGGUUAGAAGGUAAAUCACCUGACCAAAUAUCUCAAUGUUAGCUUGUGGGUACUCCCAAAGGUGCAAGAACCUGCCAGCACAGGUUGAUAUAGAAACAUCAGUUGUUACUAUUGAUCAUAGUUGUUUUUCUUCCAAAGUACCAACUACCAAGGCAGGCUAAGUAUUUUUGGUACUUCAUUAUUGGAAUCUCCGCGAGUGGACAGCAGACGCCUACGAUUGAUGCGAGUGUGAAUCCUAUCCGCGUCCUGUCCACAGAGAACCAUAUCAACUCUGCUAAUGCAAACAGUAUGUAUGCCUCGAUGUUAUCUGCUACUCCUGCUCUGUACAUUUCAGCGCUCAACUCCAGGAACAGCACAAGCGCCCUGCAAAUAUUACAGGUGAAGCAUACAUGAUUUGGAUUACAUGGAGAAAUUAACCAGAGAAUUUCUAAAAUCAGUCUUACACUAGCGAAGCAGCUAGGUUCUCUGGGCUGCCUCGUGGAGCUUCAGACGAUGUCUUGUCGUCUACGAAUAGCUGCAGCAACCCGACAGUGGAGUAAAACAGUCCAAGCAUGGGAGGGACCUGAUAGAAAGAAAGAAGACAGACACAUUUUAUUCUUGGAGGCCACGAGUUUUUGUUGAGUAACAGAGGAGCUUACCCAGAUGUCGGUAUGCAGAGGGCCGAUAUCGAUCGACCCAGUUCGAUACUCGACGAGGUCCACCCUGGAAUGGAGUCCGUCGAGAAGGGGGCCUAAGAAGAAACCUGAACCAAACAGCAAAAGACCAACGACGGGCCAGGAGCUGUUUGAAGAUGGCUGCUGUGUGUCUCUCAGAUUGCAUAGUGGUUUAGUUGUAUAGAGGCGGCCGCUUCCCUUCGUCUGGUUCUGGCGGAAUGGAAGGCGGUGGUGGUGAGGAUGACGGAGGAAUGUUUGAAGAAAGCAUGGAGUUGAGCUAACUGUAGCUAGUAGCACGCCUUGCAUUCUUCUCUCAGAAUUGGCAAAUUUUGCAGUUGCAUUUUGUGAGGAAAAGGAAGGAAGGGAGGGUCAGGCUAGUCUGGACCACAAGAAGGCACACCAGUUGCUGCGCUCAAUUUCGCCAGUAUAUGCAAAGCAGGAAAAAAGAAGAAAUUUGGGGAGUAAUCAAGAG